ACUGUUUGAAUUCCCCCCACCAGAGGUAAGGAAUGAUAAAUCUUUGUUGAGUUUAUAUACAGCCGUUACCUGGAUGUGAGCUACUGGUCUUGAAGGCGUUAUCGUGGAUCGGAGUGCCUACAGCACGGCCAAAGAUAAAUAUGCUAUUCACAAAACCACGUGGUGUCAGUGCUACAAAUUGUGGUGAGAAAACAAUUCUAGCGCUUUGCUCAGAGCAGAAUCCCAAGCUGCUGCAAUACAACAAAACUGAGGAUAAAUGGGAGGAAUAUGCGAGUAUAAAAAUCGAUUACGAAGGGUAUAGAACUAUUUUAAAGGAUGAUAAUUUAUUAUUUAUUGGCGGUUAUAACGGUGGUGGCCCACUUAACGUCGUCCGCAGCUGGAAUAUACGAAAUAAGACAUGGCAAAAUUUGCCCGCCAUGAACCAAGCAAGAAGUUCACACUGCGUUGUCGAAUUAAAUGGUGAAAUCUACGCGAUUGGUCAUGGUAAUAAUGCUUUGUCGUCGGUGGAAAGAUAUACGACUUCUGAUGGUUGGGUGUUUGUGACCAGCUUAAUUGUUGGACGAAAUAACGCAGGUGCAGCAACAUCAAAUGGUAAAAUUUACGCAAUGGGCGGUUAUAAUAACAAUGGAGGUUUAAAAUCCGUCGAAUGCUACAAUCCGGAUUCGAAUACUUGGACUUCUUGCGCUGAUAUGACAAAAUGUCACAGUUUACCUUGUGUAGCUGCACAUAAAGGUCGCAUUUAUGUUUUAAGCCGUAGAGGUGCUGAGCGUUACGAUCCUCAGCUAGACACAUGGUCACAGAUUUGCUUUUUGGAAGUUGGUCCUGGUUGGAUGAGUUGCGUAUCGCUGGACAAUAAACUAUGGGCUCUUGGUGGCAAGUCUAAAUCUGCCGACAAGUCAUGUGUAUCAGUCUUUGAUGAAGAGAAUUCCUGUUGGGUAGAAAGUUGCUCAUUACCCGAAAGUAUAGUGCGUAACUGUUUUGUUGUGCCUGAAUCCUUACUGUCGUCUAUGUGAAUAAAUAAUGUAAUUAUUGG